AUGGCGCUAGUUCAGCCGCCGUGCGAGGGAGAGGGCCGUGCCCGCAUGCGUUGCUGCGCAGCGGGGAUGUGUGAGGACGAGACUCAUGUUCAGGCUCUAGGCGGACGGUGCUGUUGCAGCUGCCGUGCUAGGGAGAAGGCGGAGGCGAGGGCGUUGCUGCUGUGGGGGUGCGCGAGGGAGAUGGCCGCAGGCAGGGCGGCGCUGCUGGGAGGCCCCGCCGUGCUCGUGGUUGUGCCGGCGAAGGAGGGUGCGGAAAGGCGGCGCCGGUGCUGCGGAACCCGCAGGGCAACGCGAGCUGAAGCGAAGCCCGCGCAGCGAGGAAGCAAGGCAAUGACAUUCUCCAUAAAGUUGUGGCCACCAAGUGAAAGCACACGUAUCAUGCUUGUUGAGAGGAUAACAAAGAACCUGUCCUCAGAGUCUAUUUUCUCUCGCAAAUAUAGUCUUUUGGGCAAGCAAGAGGCUCAUGAGAAUGCAAAAAGGAUUGAAGAACUUUGCUUUGCCUCGGCUGAUGAGCAUUUCAAAAGGGAGCCUGAUGGUGAUGGGAGUUCUGCUGUCCAUCUAUAUGCAAGGGAAACGAGUAAGAUGAUGUUGGUAGUCCUGAAAAAAGGUCCAAGGAUUUCUGCAGAACUGGAGGCACCUGUAGCUGAUACACCUCUUGCACCUGCUGAUACUGUACUAGAUAUAUCUGGUGGCAAACGUACUUUUAUUGAGGCAGAUGAAGCAAAGGAACUGCUGAGUCCACUUACCAAACCAGGAAAUUCGUAUAAAAGAAUUUGCUUUAGCAAUAGGAGCUUUGGUAUUGAUGCUGCCAAUGUUGCUGGGCGAAUUCUCGAAUCAGUCAAGAAUCAGCUCACAGAGGUAGAUAUCUCAGAUUUUGUUGCAGGAAGGCCUGAGGAUGAAGCUCUUGACGUGAUGCACAUAUUCUCCAAAGCAUUAGAGGGUUCUGUACUGAGAUAUCUGAAUAUCUCUGACAAUGAUUUAGGUGAGAAGGGUGUCAGGGCAUUCAGUGAGCUCCUGAAAUCACAGGAAUCCCUGGAAGAAUUCUAUGUGAUGAAUGAUGGCAUAUCAGAGGAAGCUGCAAAAGCUCUAUCUGAGCUUAUUCCUUCAACUGAGAAGCUUAAGAUUCUUCACUUCCACAACAAUAUGACUGGAGAUGAAGGUGCUAUGUAUAUUGCUGAGAUGGUUAAGCGUUCUCCAAAUUUGGAGAGUUUCAGGUCCUCAGCAACAAGGAUAGGAUCUGAUGGUGGAGUCGCAUUGUCUGAGGCACUAGGUAGAUGCACUCGUCUGAAGAAACUUGAUCUUAGGGACAACUUAUUUGGUGUUGAUGCAGGGUUAGCUCUCAGCAAAACCCUUCUGAAGCUUCCUGAUCUUGUUGAGCUUUAUCUCAGUGAUCUUAAUCUUGAGAACAAGGGUACGAAAGCAAUUGCCGUUGCCCUCAAACAGUCUGCACCACAGCUAGAGGUCCUUGAAAUUGCUGGAAAUGAAAUAAAUGACAAAGCAGCCCCAGCUUUGGCAGAAUGCCUGGCAGCAAUGCAGUCACUCAAGAAGCUGACCUUGGCUGAAAAUGAACUGAAGGAUGAUGGUGCUGUGAUUAUUGCAAAAUCAUUGGAAGAUGGCCACACAAAUCUCAAGGAACUUGACGUGAGCACAAACAUGCUGCAGAGGGUUGGAGCUCGGUGCUUUGCGCGGGCAGUCACAAAUAAACCAGCUUUUGUGCAACUGAACAUCAAUGGAAAUUUCAUCUCCGAUGAAGGGAUUGAUGAGGUGAAGGAAAUUCUAAAGGCUGGUAAGAAAUCCCUGGAUGUGCUGGGCUCACUAGAUGAGAACGAUCCUGACAGAGAGCCUGAUGAUGGUGACGAUGAGGAAGAGGAUGAGGAUGCCGAGGACAAUGAGGACGAGCUUGAUUCGAAGCUGCAGAGUGUUAAGGUUGAGCAGGAUGAUUGA